AUGUCUCAACACAAUAGAGAUGGAGUAGUCACAAAAGCCAGCCUUUUAAUGCUGAACGAUGAUUGUUUGCUGGAAAUCUUCAAGCAACUAAAUUUGGUGGAACAGGUGCGUUUGGCAACGGUUUGCCCACGUUUACGUAGCGUAUUUCAAUAUUACUGCCAAAGGCAUUGCAAAAUAUUGCGAAAAUACGAUCUUAAUGAUAUGAGUACACGUGAGAUAAGACGAUUUUUUGAAAUGGCUGGUAAUUACUUAGAGGAACUUGUUAACUUACCCUACAAUGAUCAGGAACGUAAUGAAUAUGUAACGCAAGUAAAUAAAAAUUGUCCAAAUGUGCGACGAAUUUACUUUGGAAUGACAAAAAUAAAAUCCAAAUGUUUACGCAAAUUACUUAUGAAUAUGAAACACUUAAAUAGUUUGCAUUUGCAAAAGUGUUCGCUGGACGACAAUGCAAUGAAAAGUGUAUCGGAAUUGGCAACUUUAGAGAUUUUGAGACUAGAGGGUGAAGAAGACAUAACGGGACGAUAUUUAAGCAAACUAAAAUGCCUCAAAGAACUGACUUUGGUUGAAUGUGGCAUACAGGAUGACUUCUUUGUGGAAAUUUGCACAUCACUUAAGGACCUCAAAAAGCUAACACUACAAUGGUGCGAUGCGCUCACUGAUGUGGCUAUUUCAGCCCUGCCAGUAAAUUGUGUAAAUUUAGAAAAACUCAAUAUAUCGUGUAAUCAAAGCUUUGAAUACUAUGAUAUAGCACGGUUGCCACGACUAGUUGAUUUGGAAUUGUCUGCCGAAAUGUUUAGAACACAAUCAUUUAAUUUAUUACUCAACCGUUUAGCUGACCAAAAGGGUGAGCAAUUGGAGUGUUUGCGUAUUUUUUCGCCCAGACUCAUUGUUGAUGACGGUAUGCGACCUUUAUCACAAUUUAAGAAUUUAAAAGUAUUCGGUUGCGAUUGUAGUAAAUAUAUAGAUGCUACAUGUUUGCGAUACAUUUGCGCAUUACAAUACUUGGAAACAGUGAGUUUAAGGUACUGUCGCUCAGUUACAAAUGAAGCGGUGUUGGUGUUGUUGGACGGCUGUCCAAAGUUAAAGUAUAUUAAUGUGAUGCAUUGUGAUCAGUUAACGGAAGAGUUGAUCUAUAAGACGAUAGAUUUGYUGCAAAGAAAGCAACGUGCACGUGAUAAUUUGCCAGUGUUAAUGAUGGUUGCCGGCACGAGAAUAAGGCAUUUGAUUUUGGAUGAUACCAAGUACUUAGAAGCAUUGGAAGGUGGCCUAUUAAAGUUGAGCUUUGCCAAUCCCUUUCAAUUCCCAUAUGAAAAUUUAUACUACACAUAUAACGUGCCAGCCAUUCGUGAACUUAAACACUUUUAUUGAAAGCCGAAAUAAAUAGUUGUUUUCGUGCAUUGUUAUUAGCAGUAGUUACAGAACUAAUAUUAUAAAACUGAAAAUAUUUGUUCGUUAAACGCUUUUAAACACUGCCUACGUGCUUUGAGUGGUUAUUUAGUCAUUGCAGAAUUGCAAUGUUUUUUUUGUGUUUAUUGUUUAUUUACGUAAUUGCUUAAAUUACUCAAUAUUUUUGUACAAUAUAACUGUGUAUAUAUUUAUUGCAAAUAAUAACGAAAAUUAUUUGUCUCUAUUACAUUAAAUCGACUUUAUGCCUCAACAGAUGA